ACUAGGGCGGGUAUAGCUGGUUACUAGGGCAGAUAUGGCUGGUAACUAGGGCAGGUAUAGCUGGUAACUAGGACGGGUAUAGCUGGUAACUAGGGUGGGUAUGGCUGGUAAUCAGAUUGGAUAUAGCUGGUAACUAGGGCGGAUAUGGCUGGUAACUAGGGCGGGUACUGGUGGUAACCAGGGUCAGUAUUGGUGAUAACCAGCAAGAAGAUAAAGCUGUUUCUCCCUCUUUUGUCCGGACGUAACUAGAUAUUAUUUUUCAGACCAAAGUGUCUAGAGGUUGAUCUGUUUUACUAAUAUGAAAGUGUAAAUGAACUAGGGCUCCUGUAUUCCUGCUCCUCCCCCUGAUUCCAGCAGACACAGACCCCGGGGCAGCAGCAGAUGAAACGAGAGGAAUAAGGAGCCGGUGUAACACAAUCAAGUGAUGAUUUAGUGAUGAGCGGAGACACCGGGGCACAAGACACGACUGGAAACACCAGGGAAAGAACAGAAGCCGCAAACACCCGCGGUUGCCAAUAAGCAGCACGGAGUAACUUCCUGCAACACUUACGCACGCCGCCAUUCCUCCCCCUUACGGCUAAAUGCGCGUGACGUCACAGCCUCGCGAGAUGAGACUUGUGACGCCUGGAUUAGUUGUGCGGCAGGAGUGAAGGCGCCGGACGUUAUUGGCUCUGCGGGACUUUUAAGCGGUGAUUGUGGGGCUGCGGCUGAGCGCGCAAUACCGGAAUGGCCUCACUAUAAGGCGCGGCUGUAGCGUCUCCGUGUGACUGGGACACUCUCAGCGUCACUUACAGGCGCUACAGACCGACAGCCGGCGCUAAUACUGAGCACUUUAUGGAAGGGACUUGCCCAACCCCCUGAUCCAGCAUGUAAAGCAGAGAUUGGCAGUGGGGAAGAAGUGCCUCAAGAGCUUGCACUCAUUCAGUUGUUCAGGGGCAAGUGUCCCAGAGGCUGAUCCAGAAAUAUAACCGGAAGCAGAUUGUGAGGGUCACCUGGAAGCGAUGAAAAGCCCGUCAGUUACGCUUAAUGAUGGCGGUUUCUCGGAGAGUGAACCAGAAAUAUUACAGAUAAAAAUCGAGAAAGAACCGGACAACGACGAUCAUCUGGACAAGAGCUCUAGCGCUUCAGUUACAUUUAUUGAUGAAGCAGGCUAUCCAGAGACUGAACCAGAAACAUUACAGAUAAAAAUAGAAAAGGAUGUGCUGGAUUCUGAAGACUAUCUGAACAUAAUGAAAAGCCCUGCCUUAUUAUACGCUGAUGGGGAACUGACAAAAUCAAUGAUUUCCUGCGGGCGGGAGGCCGAAGACUUUUCCUUUGGCAAAAUGAGUGAAAGUUACCAACCUGAAAAGCUCUGGCGAAGUCAUCAAAAUGAGCUGGCUCACCGCUCCUCGUACUUGUCCAGGCCGUUUUGCAGCAGGCUGAACAUCAAUACCAAGCUGCUGAUACAUGAGGUACAGCAAAGGCCCGCACUUUUCAACAAGACUUUUCCAGACUAUGGAGACAAGUACAAAAAGAAAAUAUUGUGGGAUGAAGUGUGUGAAGUUCUGAUCCCAGACUGGUAUGAACUUAGCAAGAAGGAGAAAGCAGAAAGAACAAAAGAAGUCCAGAAGCGAUGGCGGUCUCUGAAGGAUUGCUUUAGAAGGGAAUUGGCAGCUCAGAGAAAAGCCAGAAAAAGUGGCUCCUCCCCAUCUAAAAGAAAAAUCUACAUUUAUUUUGAUGAUCUUGUAUUCCUGUUACCCACCAUGGAAGCAAAACCAGCUUCCGGAAACAUUUAUACAGAUGAUAGUGAUGAUGAGUCCACAUCAGGACAAGUAGCGUCGUGUGAUCUCGAAGAACUGUCCCAACAAUCCUCCAUAAACCGAGCGCCCAAAAUGCCUUCUGGGAAACACGCCAAAAAGUUGAAAAACGUCCCCGACUCUGGCGCAGAUAAAGAGACCAUCACCAUCGCUGAGUCUUUCAAGUACGUCCGGGAGAAGAACUACGAGAGCGACCAAGACGAAGACCGACUCUUCCUACUGUCCCUGGUGUCGGAAUUUAAAAUGAUUCCCCAACACCGGAAAACCAAGGCCAAAAUACAGAUCUUGGAACUGUUACAGGGUUACGCAGAACCUCACAUGUACAAUGGACCCACACACCAGUACCUGCCUCACUACCCCGCUCACUAUCAGCAGUACCCCAAAACAUACGAUCACCCCAUUCCACAGAGCUCCUCCCCAAACAUUCCACAGCCCUGCCCCACCUACACCAGACAAAGCUCCUUCUCUCCAGUCGACAGACCAACAUAAACGUCUACUUCCCCGGGAUCUCACGCCUAAUAUAAAUUAUUGUCAUAUUUUAGUUUAUUUUUGUAUUUUUAAUACUUCUUUCCUUUGGCUCUUAUAAACUAUUACUAAUCUGUUUGUGGGGGACACAAACAAAAACAAACAACGUGCAUUAUUUAUACGGAAUAUCUUUAGUGCUACAGAAAGUUCUGUACUUUGAGUAUUACGAGGCACUUUCCAGUUGAAGUGCAAAUACUUAUUUCUUUUUAUCCACACCCGGAGUUUCGGAGAAAACGUGCGAGAAAAAAACUUUUUUUUUUUUUUUAUGCAGGCGAAUUAAAAAUAGGAAUUUCUGUUGAAUAUGUCCUUUUUCUAUAUUUUUUUGGGGGCAAACUACAAUUGCAGAAAAGUUAUUUAUGUUUCUAGGAAAGUUACGAAGCAUUUCUGUUUUUUUUAGACUUAACGAUUUUGGUUCUUUUUUUAUAACAGAAAUUUAAGGAGUCGUUUUGUUUGCCGCAAAAUAAAUAUUUAGUUUACAGAA